GUAAAUGAGGAGAAUGCGUCUGUACGUGACAGAUGGAAAUCUGAAAGAUGAAACCAAUGACUUCCAUUUCUAGCAUGCAGCAAAAGUUAAACUAGUAGUAGUUUCAGCUUGAAUCCAAUUUCUUUUUCUAUAAGCAUAAAAACACCAGGUUUUCGGUUAUUCGCAACAGUUUGUUCUUUUGAUUCUUCUAUGAGGAAGUAGCAUUGCGUUUCAUUAUUACACCCUUUCUGCUCUGAGCCAACAUAUAACAGGUUAACCUAGUUCUGGAAGAUGUCAUGAACCAACUGAAACAAUCCCUUGCCUACACUCUGAAAAAUGGCAUGGAACAAAACCAAACUCAGCUUCUCAUCAUCCAAAUCCUCCAAACCCCAAACAUCCCUUAUGCCCACAAGCUCUUCAACCUCAUUCCACAGAAAACUGUCUUUCUCUACAACAAACUCAUCCAAGCCUACUCCUCAAUCAACCAAUCCCACCAAUGCCUCACUCUCUACUCCCAAAUGUGCCUCAACAACUGUUCCCCCAACGAACACUCGUUCAUCUUCCUUUUCCCUGCGUGUGCUUCACUUCCCUCCCUUCUUCACGGCCAAAUCCUUCAUACCCAGUUCGUCAAAUCUGGGUUUGGUCUUGAUUGCUAUGCCUUAACGGCUUUGCUUGACAUGUACGCUAAACUACGUAUGCUACCGUUGGCUCGGAAAGUGUUCGAUGAAAUGCGUGUUAGAAACUUGCCCACUUGGAACGCAUUAAUUUCCGGGUACUCGAGGUGCGGGGAUAUGAAGGAAGCCUUCGAAUUAUUUAAAUCGAUGCCUGAGAAGAAUGUGGUUUCAUGGACCACCUUGAUAUCUGGGUACUCCCAGAAUGGGCAGUAUUCGAAAGCCUUAGACAUGUUUUUAGGGAUGGAGAAAGAGACGGGGGUUAAACCGAAUGGAGUGACUAUUGCUAGCGUGCUUCCAGCAUGUGCAAAUCUUGGAGCAUUGGAGGUUGGACAAAGGAUUGAAACAUAUGCAAGAGAGAAUGGAUUGUUUGAGGAUUUGUAUGUGAGCAAUACUGUGCUGGAAAUGUAUGCAAGGUGUGGUAAAAUUGAGGUGGCGAAGCUGGUGUUUGAUGAGAUCGGCAAGAGGAGAAAUUUGUGCGUUUGGAAUUCAAUGAUCAUGGGUUUGGCUCUUCAUGGAAAUUGUAUUGAGGCUUUCGAUUAUUAUGAUCAAAUGCUGCAAGAAGGAACCGCACCAGAUGAUGUUACAUUUGUGGGAGUUCUCUUGGCGUGCACACAUGGUGGAUUGGUGGCGAAAGGACGAGAACUUUUCGAAUCAAUGGGGAAGAAGUAUCAUAUUAGUCCCAAGCUGGAACACUACGGAUGCAUGGUUGACCUCCUAGGUCGGUCUGGAGCAUUGCAGGAAGCUUAUGAUCUUAUAAAAAGUAUGCCUAUGAGACCUGAUGCAGUGGUUUGGGGAGCUCUUCUAGGAGCUUGCAGCUUCCAUAACAAUGUUGAACUAGCAGAGAAAGCAGCUCAGUCUCUCUUUCAGCUAGAACCAUGGAAUGCGGGAAACUAUGUUAUUCUUUCCAAUAUAUAUGCAUCCUCGGGCUGGUGGGAUGGGGUUGCGAAGCUAAGGAAGUUGAUGAAAGGUGGCCAAAUUACAAAGGCAGUUGGAUAUAGUUUCAUUGAAGUGGGGGGUGGAAUGCAUAAGUUUAUUGUGGAGGAUAAAUCGCAUCCCAGAUGUGAUGAAAUAUACCAAAUUUUAGAUCAAGUCUCGAGAGUGAUGAAGUUACAAGACAAAUUAAUGGACUCUGAAUCCGAACUUUGAUUUAUUUAUAAUGGAGCAGAUCUAAAUGUUUCAGCCAAUGUGCCCAAUAGGAUGAACUACACUACUAUAACUUGUUCUGAAAAAUGUAACUAUGUGAUGGAAGAAUUGCGACCAAACAGGA